CGUCCAGCCGGCAGAUCAACACAACAAAAAACAAACAAACUGUGUUAUUACUUAGACGCAAACGAACUACUUCUUCCCGUGCGACAAAAAGAUCGACCGUCUUCAUCCAGUCUAGAUCAUGUACAAUAUUGUACAAUUUACGGGCGUAUGCUGGAACAAAUCGUACGAACCGACUAGACGAAUCGAUCGAGGGGGCAUGCAAUAGGUUUAGGAAAAUCCGCGCAAGCGUGUAUCCCGGAGCAUUAAGGUGAUACAAAAAUUCAGUUGCACCCACGACUUCAUCGAGUGUGCACGAUGGAAAAAAAGACCGUACAGAAAGUCGGAGAGUACCUUGAGGGUAGCGGCGAGUACAGCCUGCAAGUAGUCAAAUGGUAUCUGAAUUCGAUAGGCAUCUGGCCACCCUCCCAAUCAUCCUCGAUGUGCCAGAGAAGCGUUUCCCGCGUUUUAAACAUCCUUUGCUACUUCUUCAUACUAUUCACCGUCAUCCCUUGCAUAAUCUUCCUUUGCUUGGAACCUGAAACCUUCUACACGAAACUGAAAGUUACGGGUCCCCUCAGCCACUGGUUCGUCGGUGGUAUAAAUUAUACUACGCUGCUGAUGAAGGGUAGCGCGAUACGCGAAUGCAUUGAACAUGUGAAAACCGAUUGGACCAUUAUCACAAGAUCGGAUGCUCGACAAGUGAUGACGAAGAACGCAAAGAUCGGUCAUUACGUGGCUGCCUUCUGCGCCGUUUUCAUGCAGGGUGGCGUUUUAUGUUGGUGCGUCGCGUCGGGGUUCACGAAGAUCGACAUCCAGAUUGGGAACGAGACCAAGACCAUACGCACGUUACCCUGCACGGUGUACAUGAAAUUGCUGCCUGUCGAUACCAACCCGACGUACGGGAUUGUGCUGGCUUCGCAGUUCGUUUCGGGAUUUAUCGUGAAUCAGAGCACCAUUUGCGCGUUCAGCCUCGCGACCGUGUUCGCGGCACACGCUCACGGUCAAUUGACUAUAAUGAUGUCUCUGAUCAUCGAAUUCGUGAACCAAUUUAAAGAUCAGAAUAGCAACGAUGCUUUCACUGAGAUCGGCGUGAUCGUUGAGCACCAUCUCAGGGUUCUGAGUUUCAUAGACCGUAUUGAGGAUGUGAUGACUCGAAUAUGCUUCACGGAAUUGUUCAAAUGUACGCUGGAUAUGUGCAUACUUGGAUAUUACAUCCUCAUGGAAUGGGCUGAUCACGACGUGAGAGCUCUGAGCUCAUAUGUCGUUAUUCUUAUUUCCAUGAUUUUCAACAUUUUUACAAUAUGUUACAUCGGCGAAAUACUAACGGAACAGUGUCAAAAGAUCGGUGAGGCAGUUUACUUGACCGACUGGUAUAAUUUACCUGAGAAGCAUAUCCUUGAUUUGAUCCUAAUUAUUUCAAGAUCCAGCGUGCCUCCUGACAUCACAGCUGGAAAAAUGGCUCACAUGUCUAUAUACACAUUCGGUAGUGUGAUAAGAUCGGCUGUCGCCUAUUUAAAUCUGUUUCGACAAUUGUACGUGAACUUUCGUUUGGUUACUGUCACCAUGACCAUUACUCUUACGAAUCCGUGGGACCGAGAUUGGACGUACAGUUUGCAAAUGAACCGCUGGAUUCUGAAGUCAAUCGGUGUCUGGCCGAUCGCUCUAUACGAAACUACCCCGGAAAAGAUCAAUUCCGUGAUCCUCGCAUGUAUCAGCACCUUCUUGAUAAGUUUCCUUCUGGUGCCAUGCGCCCUGUGCACCCUGUUAGACAAAACAGGCGAUCUCGACGCAAAGAUCAAAAUGAUCGGUCCGCUCAGCUUCUGCGUUAUGGCAGCGAUCAAGUAUUACAUCCUCGUCUCGCGCGGUGCAGAAAUUGCCAAAUGCCUCGGGAUGAUGCGAGACGAUUGGGCGCGCAUCUAUUUGCAACAGAACCAAGAGGAGAAAGAGACGAUGAGGGAGAAUGCGAGGUUCGGCCGAUCCCUGGCUGUCUUCUGCGCCGUGUUCAUGUAUUCCGGUGGAUUUUUCUACACCACCGUGAUGCCACUGUGCACAAAACGCACGGAGAUUAUAGAUAACGAGACGGUGAGAUCUCAAGCAUUCCCGAUUUACCGCGGGCUUCUCGAUCCGCGUACCAGCCCCUCGUUCGAGAUCGUACAAUUGAUGCAAUGCUUGUCCGGGUUCGUUAUUUACUCAGUCACCGUCGGUGCUUGUGGGCUCGCCGCAGUCUUCGUCAUGCACGUUUGCGGCCAAUUCAAAAUUAUCGAGAUAAAGCUGAACAAGCUCGUCGACAGAACGAUAGUGGAGAAGCAACGGGAUACGCACGGAGACCGAUUAGGCGAUAUCGUGGAAUAUCAUAUACAGAUACUGGGUUUUAUAUCCCAGAUCGAGGAGCUUCUGAACGAGAUAUGUUUCGUUGAAUUCGUGGGAUGCAGCAUGAACAUAUGCUUUUUAGGAUACUAUUUGCUCACGGAAUGGGAGCAGAAUGAGCCUAUAGGGACGUUGACGUAUUGCACAUUACUCAUAUCGUUUACGUUCAAUAUUUUUAUACUGUGUUAUAUCGGUGAAAUUUUAUCCGAACAGUGUAAGGAACUCAGUCUAUCGGCUUACAUGAUUGACUGGUAUCGUAUCCCAGGAAAACAAGCUCUCGGUUUAAUACUGCUAUUCGCUAUGUCGAAUAGUACAAUGAAAUUAACAGCUGGGAAGCUCGUUGAACUAUCCUUAGGCAACUUCUGCGACAUGUUAAAAUCGUCAUUGGCGUAUUUGAGCUUGCUCCGUACGCUGACCACGUGAAAAUAUGUUUCCCAACGUGACGGUAUAUUUUGUAAUACUAUAACGAAAUGAUCACUUUAUUAAAAUUUAGAACGGUUAUUCUUUAUAAGACGUUUUCAGA